CAUUUUUGGGCAUUGGCCAGGAAAUUACUACCACUGUGAAACAAGACAUCCGAAGCUUCACUAGGAAAUACUCACAUUGAAGCAACACAAGAAUCACCUUGAGAGCUCUACUAUUACAAGUUUACAAUGUCUGGGGCAACAGGAGUGACGUUUCAAAUUUACACUGAAACGACCUACACAACAAUCCCAAAUGCCAAUAUCUUAUCUACAGUGAUCUUACUUGUGAGCAAUCUGUUUGGGCUGGUUGUGAACACCCUUUACCUCUGGGUCCUCGGAUUCAGGAUGCCCAAGAGUAUCAACACCACUUGGUUUUUACAUUUAAUUUUAUCUAAUUUACUUUUUACAUUCAUAAUGCCAUUCCUUGCUGUGUAUUUGCUAACAGAUCCCCAUUGGAUUAUGGGAUCCUUCCUAUGUAAGUCCAUUCACUCACUCUUUUCUGCAGUUAUGUAUACAUCUGUUUUCUCUCUCACUGUAAUCAGCCUCGAUCGCUACAGUUUUGUCUGCCACCCAGUCUGGUACAGAGGACACAUGAAUAACCGCUAUGCAUCUACCAUCUGCAUUUGUAUAUGGGGGUUGGCCAUUUUGUUUUGCUCCCCAUAUUUUGCUUUUCGCCAGACACGCCUACUGGAGGACAAUACAACUGCCAUUUGCUACAAUGAUUAUACACUUUCUGGAUCAAUUCCACAAAACUCAGCAAUACAACUGAGAUGGGUGAUGUUCAGCUUUCGCCUAAUAUUGGGCUUCCUACUGCCGUUUGCUAUAAUCACUGUUUGCUAUGUCAGAAUUGCUCUCAGGAUGAAGAAGGCAAAUCUGGCCAGAUCAAGUAAACCUUACAAGAUCAUAUUUAUAGCUGUAACAUCUUUCUUUGUAUCCUGGUUCCCCUAUCAUUUAUGGUAUGGAAUAACCAUUGAAGAAGGCAGAUUCCAUAAAACUACUGUGGAUAUAAUGAUGGUCCUCACCACAGUGUUUAUCUGUUUCAAUUAUUGCUUUACCCCAUUACUUUACCUCUUCACUGCUGACAACUUCAAGGAAACAUUAAAGAAGUCUGUAGUUCUACCCAUUGAGUCAGUGUUGAACUAAAUAUGGAGACAAAUCAGAUGCUUCUUCCAAACCUGUUUAACCUGUUCAAACCAGUGAGGAGCAACCUGAAGAAAUAAAUGUACAUGUUGCCUUACUGGCAUGGAACGUUGGCUAGUGACAAAUGGAAUGAAGGGUGAACAAAGCAAGUGUCACUAUGUAAACUAUGUAGACAUAUAUAACAUUGGUGCAGGGGCCUCUGUUCCCCUUAAGAAGGUUACAUUACACAAAAGUAAUGUUUUAUUCCUCUUUAAUGCCAUAAAUAUCCACCAAAACAAAUUAUUAUUGACCCUUUAUUUCACUCUCUCUGCCUUUCAGGUUGGAUUGCAUAAACAUAUUGAAAAACAAAUAAGCACUUACUCCCAAAUGUAAUGCCUAUUGACAUGAUGACUGCUCACUGCUUUGGGCAACCCUAGGUGGUUGUGGGGCAUCACGUUUUUUUAGAGUCUUCACCAUUAUUAUUGCUAUGUCUGGAAUUAUUACAGCUGAGUUUAACACUGUUGUAUUAAUGUCAAUACAAACACUCAGUGGAGAAUAAGGUAGGUCUUCUCAUCUUGGACCUCACAGACCCCUGUCUAUCUAAACUUAGCUUCAUUCUAUAUACACUCAUGUGAAUCAUUUCAACUUGCCACAAAGGACACUUCCAAACAUGAUUGUCCAUCACACAGUUUGGGCUACCCGAGCUUAUUCACCAUAUUCUACCCCAGAAAAAACAAAUAUUUGCUGCAAGUCCUGAUCUAUGCCUGUUACUCGACCUUGAACCUAUACUGCCUGCCCCUGACCUGGAAAUGUCAACCAAUUCUCAUGUCUCCUCCUUAGUACUCCCCUUGUCAGCCUCACUGUCUUAUU